GCCAUGAGAUUUUAUCAUGUCACCCCACACAGGAGCCUGUCUGGUAGCAGGUCUUGGCCAGACCCAUCACGUGAGUCUGGUGGGCCACACAUGGCCUGUCACAACGAUGUUUAACCUAGCUUAGAAGGGGCAUUUCAAUCGAAAUCACAAACUUUACUAGGGUUUUAUUUUUCAAUCAAUCAUUUACACUCGAAAGGCCGCUUAAAGUAAAAGGUGUUUUGGUUUAAAGUGAUGAAAUUUUGUCUAUUAAAUGCGAUUGAAGGUAGGAUGUCCUUUGAGAGAGUAAUUGAAUCAAAGGUAUUAUUAAGUGUUAGGGCCUAAAAUGCCAGCUGCUGCACUAACGAAACUGAACCCUACUAUCUGUAGUGGCUUUCGGUGAGUUUAUAAUUCAACAAGGUUUAAAGGACAAGGAAAACUCUUGUUAGGGAAUUCCAGGUCUUCUGAGUUUUUGCCAUAUUCAAUUCGGUUGUUUUCAGAGACCUCACGGUUCAACUUCAGUGGUCCUUGUGAGUGGGAUUCUAUGGCUGCUUCGGGUACUAAACCUGUGUUUAGAGAUGUUUAUAUUGACAAUUUAGUUUCAUGUUGUAGUAAUGGCUUAGACUUUGCAAGACCUAGUGGUGUUUAUUUCAGUGAUAGAAGUCAGAACCGAUGUCGAAAAGCUAUUACGAGUUUGAGAAAACAGGAAUCACCAAGGAAUGGGCUUCUUUGUGGGUAUUUUGUUUUUGAUUCUAUGAGAAAGAAUUGGAACUCAAAUGUUCUUGUUUGCCCAUGGUUGAAAAAUAUUCACACGUCCUCUUCUGUGUGCUUCUCUGCUGGGGCUGCUCAUGAUGUGUCAUUUGAUGAGGGUUCUCAGGGCGAACAGCUUGGGGGUUCCUCUAUUGCAUCUGACCAAACUAUUCCAAGAGGGAGACACUUGAAGCUAAUUUCAGGAUCAUGUUACCUGCCACAUCCUGAUAAAGAAGAAACGGGUGGAGAGGAUGCUCACUUUAUUUGUGUAGAUGAGCAAGCCAUUGGUGUAGCAGAUGGUGUAGGGGGAUGGGCAGAUGUUGGUGUUGAUGCAGGAUUAUUUGCCCGUGAGCUUAUGUCUCAUUCAGCGAUGGCAAUUCAAUAUGAGCCCAAGGGUGAAAUUGAUCCUGCGAGGGUGUUGGAGAAGGCCCACUCAAGCACAAAAGCCAACGGUUCAUCAACAGCCUGCAUCAUUGCCCUUACAAGCAAGGGAAUAGAUGCAAUUAAUCUGGGAGAUAGUGGAUUCAUUUUGGUUAGAGAUGGAUCUACUAUUUUCCAGUCUCCGGUGCAGCAGCAUCGCUUCAAUUUUACGUAUCAACUAGAGAGUGGCAAUACUGGUGAUCUACCCAGCUCUGGUCAGGUUUUUGCAAUUCCUGUUGCCCCAGGUGAUGUCAUUGUUGCUGGAACGGAUGGAUUGUUUGACAACCUGUAUAAUAAUGAAAUCGCUGCUGUUGUUUUUCAUACAAUGCAUGCUGGCUUAGGACCCCAAGUGACAGCUCAGAAAAUAGCAGCUUUGGCACGUCAACAAGCACAGGAUCGGAACAGGCAAACACCAUUUUCAACUGCUGCUCAAGAUGCCGGAUUCCACUAUUAUGGUGGUAAACUUGAUGACAUCACUGUUGUUGUGUCUUACAUAGGUAGCUCUAAUAAUGUCUGAGUCUGUUCAACCAAGUCAUCUUGUCUAUUAACCUUGUAUAUGUUCAUGUAUUGCUGUUUUUCUAACCAGUAGCGCUUGGGAGGCCAUUAAUUCUCCAUUUUUAUGCUGAAACCCAGUUGAGCAUACUGUGUCAGUGCUCCAAUAACAUUCAUUUGAUUAUCUUAAGUUUUGAUCCA